AUGGCUACUAAUGAAGAUUCUCAAACCGACUCUCUGCGCAGCCUGUUGGGCUCCAUCACCUGUAAGGAGUUGAUGGACCGCUCAAAGAGUAUGCGUUCUUCCAAUCCCACUGCCUUGAACUCGCCAGAACAUCCUAUUUGCUUUGAUUCGGAGCUGACAGUGCAAGAAGCCUGUUCUGCUUUAGCCAAGCAUAAGAUUAGCUCUGCUCCAAUAUAUGGUUCCCAGGAAGGUGGUUUCAUUGGUAUGCUGGACUACAGGGACUUGGUUGCUUACGUUCUUGCUGUCUUACAUAAGAUUCCCCAUGAUGUUGCGUAUGAUGCUGAAAUGGACACUUCUGAUAUUGUCAAGCGUGCUCUCACUCAAGGCCAUGCCAAUGUGCCUGUCAAACUACUUGCCAACAUGUCACUUCACAAUCCCCUGGUAGUCGUUGAUGCCAAUUCCCCCGUCAUUGAUGCCAUUGGUGAAUUUGUUCGUGCCAAGGUCCAUCGCGUAGUUGUUCUGGACAAGACCACUACUGGAAAGCCUAACUUCCUUGGCAUUCUAUCCCAGUCGUCCAUCAAUGCAUUUGUUGCUUUGAAAUUUGGAAAAUUAUCUCCUGAUCGCCUUCCCAACUCUGUUUGGUCGAUUGGUAAUAAGACUAUCGCCGAUCUUGACUUGGUUCAGGGUGAAGUGAUUUCUGUUCUUCCCGAAGACACUGUUGUUGAAGCCCUUUAUCGCAUGCACAAUGCUCGGAUCUCGUCCAUUGCGAUCAUCACUAAAACUGGCGAUAGAGAUGACAUGUGGGGAUCUAUUAGUAUGACUGAUAUCAAAGACGUUCUUGGACGUAGACGUGGCUGGUCGCAACUAUUGCAGCCUUGCAAAUCCUUUUUCACUAGUAUUCGCAACAUGCAGUCUCUAGAAAACUCUGGCAGAGAUUCUGUGCCUUCAUUUGUUGUGCAUCCAACCACUCCUGUCAUUACUGCGAUUGAGAAGAUGGCUGCUACUCACACGCAUCGUGUAUGGGUAGUCAGUGCUGAUAACAGAUCUCAAUGCGUUAUUGGUGUACUGACAUUGUCUAAUGUCAUGCCAUUGCUGCUCCAUUAAAUCUGCCCAGUCUUGUUACUUUUGGGUGAGGGAUGGACUUGUUUCUCAAUCUCUGGCUCGUAUCUCUUUAGCAAGCUAUAAAGCACUUGCACUUGUUUUUUCCAUAUGCACUUUAAACUGUUUUUCACUUUCCAAUUAUGAAUACAGGAUUGCUUUUUAAUGGAUA